UCCAAGCUUUUGCAAUCAAUCGUUCCUGCGUUUAGCAAUAUUUCACGCUCACUGAUUUCUUCAUCAUUGCGUAUAUACGUAUUUUCGCAUACAAGAUCAUGUUUUUCUUCUAUAUAAUCAUGAUUUGGAACAUUAUAAUAAUCAUCCGUAAUGUUUUCAUCACCAAUUUUUAAAUUAUCAUUCAAAUCGAAUUCACCUUUUUGACUUUGAAUUAUUGAUGUAUGAUUGGUCUCACUUACAUCGUAAAACUUUUGCAUAUCUUGUUGGAUAUCGGUUAUAUUAGUUUUAUCGUUUGUGUUGUUGUUGUUGUUGUUUACGAAUUCACAUUCAAAACCUGACUUUCGAAGCUCGUUAGCUUGAAUUCCGCUCGAUUUCGACCUGCUUUUCUCCAAGCUUUGGUGAACAGUCUCGUUAAUUUUUUUCUCAAAUAAUUCCUUCAUUUUUGUUAUAUGAACUUUCGAAAGGAUCGUUUCUGUAUUUUUUUCCUCGUCUUGUGUUCCAUCAUCAUUUGAAAUAAUGUUAUAUUUGGAGAGUAGCUGAGGAUGAUCUGACGCCGUAGUUAAAGACGUGUUGGGAAAAUUACAUGAGGGUUGGCAUGCUAACGACACUCUGCUUUUGUAAUCUUUUAUAGCAUUUUCAUAAGAACUUUCCGCAGAAUCUUGUUGCAAAGGCUCAUCAGUUUUAUCAUCAAGUUUAUCAGGGACAGUCGAAUCAAGCACCGUUGACAUCGAAUUCUAAAACAAAUAAGUAUAAAUGCAUUUUGUAAUCAAAAUUGGGUCAUCGCGAUGUAAGCGCCAGAAGCAAAAAUUAUGUUGAUUUUUCAGAACAAAACAUGUAAGUAUUGAAUUUUCCCAUGCAAUCCCGAAAGUUAAAAUUUCCUGAUAUAAGCGUUACUUGAAAAUUCUGCAAAAAAUCAUAGAUAAGUUUUGAACCAAAACGAAGCUUUUCAGACCCCAAGAUUUGAGAAAUUCAAAAAAUUGAUUCAGCUGCUGUAUUAUUACAGAACUAUUUACCCAAAAUAUUUUAGAAAUUAUUUAUACGGGAUUUUUCACGUAAACUAAAGUUUUGUGGAAUCACAUAGCUUCUACGUAUACUUUUUAGUAACUACUAUACUUCCAUAUAACUUUCACAUGAAUUUCACGUAAAGUCUAUGUGGAUGGGUUUGAAUACUUUUUUUGCAAUUUUCUCAAGCAUGUGGUAGUGUAUUCCUAUUGGAAAAGGGAAUUGUUGUCAGUUAGCUAAUUUGAUUUUGUCUGGAUGCGCCAGCUCAGGAACAUUCAGUUUCGGAAGACGAGCAAUACACUACAAAGGACGUCCUGCGGGUCCCUAACACGAGAAAUACAAAACCGAGCCUCGGGAGCAAGGUGCUUCGAAAAAAGCUCCAAGAAAUUCGAGAAGACGAGGAAGGGCCGUGAGAAGAAGCCUAAGCACCAAAUCGGCCCGGAAGGAAGUUUGGAAGCAUCAUUUCGAUGAACACCUGAACGGCGCACAUGCAGGAGAUCAAGACGGUGGAGGAAGGUACAUCGCCGGCGUAGCCAACGAACGUAGAGGAGCCACUCCCAACGAUGAGUGAAGUUAAGGAAGUCAUUCGCCAGCUGAAUAGAAACAAGUCGGCUGGGAAGGGUGGCAUCGCAGCUGAACUCAUCAAAAUGGGCCCGGGAAAGUUGGCCGAUUGCCUACACCGGUUAUAGUCCGGAUCUGGGACAUAGAACAGCUCCCGGAGGAGUGGAAGAAGGGGGUAAUAUGCCCCAUCUACAAGAAGGGCGACAAAUUGGACUGUGAGAACUACCGAGCGAUCACUGUCCUCAAUGCCGCCUACAAAGUGUUAUCCCGAAUCCUACUCCGCCGCCUAACGCCACAAGCAAACAGAUUCGUGGGAAGUCAUCAGGCCGGCUUCAUGGAGGGCCAGUCAACGACGGACCAGAUAUUCACAUUACGGCAAAUGCUCCAAAAAUGCCGGGAACACCAAGUCCCUACGCACCAUCUAUUCAUCGACAUCAAAGCCGCAUACAACACGAUCGACCGUAACGAGCUAUGGAAAAUCAUGGACGAGAACGGCUUUUCCGGGAAGCUGAUCAGACUGAUCAAGGCGACGAUGGAUGGAACGCAGUGCUGUGUGCGGAUUCCGGGUGAAUUGUCGAGUUCAUUCGAAUCGCGCAGGGGGCUUCGACAAGGUCAUGGUAUAUCCUGCAUAAUUUUCAACGUGGCGCUAGAAGGUGUUAUUCGACGAGCGGUGGGCGAAAUGCGGGGCACGAUUUUCAACAGAUCCAGUCAACUUAUCUGCUUUGCCGAUGACAUUGAUAUAGUCGGCAGAUCAUCUGCGGCGGUGGAGGAGAUCUACCGCAAACUGAAACGCGAAGCAGAAAGGAUUGGGUUGAUGAUUAAUACGUCCAAGACGAAGUACAAGCUGGCCUGCGGAUCCGAGACCGACCGAACCCGCUUAUCCAGUAAUAACAAGGUUACGAUCGACGGCGACGAGCUAGAGAUAGUCGAAGACUUUGUCUAUCUCGGCUCACUGGUGACCGCAGACAAUGACACUAGCCGUGAGAUCCGGAGGCGAAUUAUCAGCGGAAGUCGUGCCUACUAUGGACUCCACAAGCAACUGCGGUCAAGAAGAUUUAGCCCUCGCACGAAGUGUAAGCGGUAUAUGACGCUCAUUAGACCGGUUGUUCUCUACGGGCACGAGACAUGGGUAUUGCUCGAGGAGGACCUGCGUACACUUGGAGUAUUCGAGCAACGAGUGUUAAAAACCAUCUUUGGCGGCGUACAGGAGAACGGAGUAUGGAGGCGGAGGAUGAACCACGAGCUCGCGCGACUCUAUCCAGAAGGUGGUGAAGGCUGGCCGGAUACGCUGGGCGGGACAUGUUGCGAGAAUGCCGGACGACUGUCCUGCAAAACAGGUGUUCGCUACGAAUCCGGUAGGAACAAGAGGUGGUUAGACCAAGUGGAGCGUGAUCUGGAGAACGGUUGCACAGGACCGAGUGAAUUUUAGGAAUUAUGUUCGUCAAGUUAUGUCGUGAAACGGAAUACUAUGUAAAUAAAUAAAUAAUGGAAGUUUGUUUCUACUAAUCCUAACAAAGUAAAAUAAUUAUCAAUUUGAUGAUUCUAUUUUUAAUUGUUAAAUAUUUUCCAUUUUUUACAGGAUUCAACAAACCAACUCGAUGGAAAGAAGAUCCAGAAUUGCGAUUAAAUAAUAAUUGAUA